AUGGCCCUCGACUUCGUCCUCCCGCCCAUCCACGACAACGCCGACGGCUCCUGGGGCCCGAGCACCAGCACCCUCCCCAACCACAUCCCCUAUGCUCCUUUCUCCAAGUCGGACAAGAUCACCCGCAUUGCCGACUGGCACGACCCCGCCGCUGAGGGUGCCACCUCUUCGAAUGCUCGUGGCCGCCAGCAGCCCCAGGCCAACCGCCGCCCUGGCCGUGAGGCCUACGGCGCUUCGGAGGUGAACGCUUUCGGCUACGUUCACGACGAGGACGAGAAGAGCUUCUCGCUUGUCGACAACUCGAGCCGUGCUGCUGUCCGUGGCCGUUCCGGUCUUCGUGGCCGUACCGCUCGCGGUGGUGCUGCUCAGAACCGCGGCCCUACCCGCAACCGCCUCGGUGGAAACCUCGGUGGACGGGGAGGUGCUCGUGGUGGCCGUGCUGGCGGCCGUGGCGGCUACGGCGGCUACGACAAGCCCCAGCGCACCCGCGACUCGUCUGUCACUGUCGGCCCCGAGUGGGAGCAGCUCGAGGAGAUUGACUUCUCGCGUCUUAACAAGCUCAGCCUUAGUGUGGAUGAGCCUGAGAACCUCGAGUCUUACGGAACGCUCCAGGGCUACGACCGCACGUUCGACCGCAUCAACACCCGUAACGAGAAGCCGCUGCAGAUUCAGGACAAGGUCCGAUACAACAUUUCGACCUCUGACGACCCGAUCAUCCAGCAGAUGGCCGACGCCAACAAGGCGACCAUCUUUGCUACCGACUCGAUCCUCUCUGUCCUCAUGUGCACGACGCGAUCGCUCAACUCGUGGGACAUGGUGCUCGAGCGCCGCGGCAACCAGCUCUUCCUCGACAAGCGCGAGGGCGGCCCCUUCGACUUCAUCACCGUCAACGAGAACGCCAUCGACGCUCCUGUCGACUCGGACGACGCGUCCAACAUCAAUUCGGCCGCCUCGCUCUCGCUUGAGGCUACCUACAUCAACCAGAACUUCACGUCGCAGGUGAUCCAGGACUCGAGCAAGGCUUACACGCCGAACCCGAACCCCUUCUACUCGCCCGAGGAGACCGACCCGCUUGCCCCGACGCUGUACCGCUACCGCAAGUUCGACCUCUCGGUUGACGAGGACGAGGAGCUCGACCUCAUUGUCCGUACCGAGGUCGACGCCUACGUUGGCAAGAAGGACCACCUGGUCACGAUCAAGGCGCUGAACGAGUACGACCCGCGCGCGCAGGGUGCGGGCGGCAAGGCGCUCGACUGGCGCAAGAACCUGGACACGCAGAAGGGAGCCAUUGUCGCCAACGAGAUGAAGAACAACUCGGCCAAGCUCGCCCGCUGGGCUGUGCAGUCCUACCUCGCCGGCGCCGAGCAGAUGAAGAUGGGCUACAUCUCGCGUGCCAACCCGCGCGACGCCCAGCGUCACGUCAUUGUCGGCAUCCAGAGCUACAAGCCCGUCGACUUUGCCCGCCAGAUGAACGUCUCCCUCGCCAACGGCUGGGGUAUCGUCCGCACCAUUGCCGACCUCGUCCUCAAGCAGCCCGAGGGCAAGUACGUCAUCGUCAAGGACCCCAACGCCCCCACCAUCCGCCUUUACUCCGUCCCCGAGGACGCGUUCGACCCCAUUGAGGAGGAGGAGGAGAUCGUCAUUCACCACGACGGCGACGAGGACGACGAGUAG